AUGGGUUCAGUCCACGACACCAAUUCCGCAACGGCCGGCGUCAAAGCAUGCUCGCCUCUUGUCGGCGCGCAACGGCUCCGCGAAAUGCUCAAAGAUCCCUCCAAAGCGGUCAUAUGUCCCGGAGUCUUUGACGGCUUCACUGCCCGACUAGCCGUCGCUGCAGGAUAUGAUGCCUUGUACAUGACUGGCGCAGGAACCUCCAUGUCCAGACUGGGUUGGGCAGAUAUGGGGAUUGCAACGCUCAAUGACAUGCGCGCCAACGCCGAGAUGAUCGCGUCGCUGAACCCUGCGGUGCCUCUGAUCGCCGACGCGGACACUGGCUACGGCGGUGCCAUCAUGGUGACCCGGACUGUCACGCAAUAUGCUCGCGCUGGCGUGGCCGCCAUGCAUAUCGAGGACCAGGUCCAAGAAAAGCGAUGUGGCCAUCUUCUAGGGAAGCAGAUCGUGGACCGCGAGAUCUUCUACAGCCGGCUCCGGGCCGCGGUGAUCGCCCGUGAUCAGUUAAAGUCCGACAUCAUGAUCAUCGCUCGAACCGAUGCCCGUCAGGGCCAGGGCUUCGACGAGGCUGCCGAGCGACUGCAAGAAGCCGUCCGGAUAGGCGUCGAUGCCGUUUUCUUGGAAGCCAUGCAGACUCGCGAGGAGAUGGAAAAGGUGUGCAAGCUGAUGGGCGACAUCCCGGUGUUGUUGAAUGUCGUUCCUGGAGGGGUGACUCCCGAAUAUCCCAUCGAUGACCUGGUCAAGAUGGGAUUCCGUAUCAUCAUCUACCCUGGUCUCUGUAUCGGCCCACUCCUUACCGCUUGCAAAAACAGUCUGGAAAGCCUCAAGACAAAUCGCAUCAGUCCCAAAGAGUCUUUCGGGACCGGCAUUAGGGAUGCGUUCAACUUCACCGGACUUGAAGAGUGCGUUGCCAUUGACAAGGCCGCGGGGGGAAAGGCAUAUGACACGGUGGGCCACUGA